AGUACCUUUUUGUUUUGUUUAGGCUAUGUUUUACUUUUUUCUUCAUUUCGUUUGUCGACGUUUUUCCAAUUGACAACUUCUAUUAGAUCUUGAAAUCUAGAAUCUAGAUCUAGAUCUAGAUCUAGAUCACUUUUGGAUUCGUUCCACGAUGGCUGAAAAAGGACAGACGAGCUCUAUGACCUCUGUCACUGAGGAAGACUCAUCGGCCGACUCCGAGUCUGACACGACUGAGUCAAGCUACUCACUCGUCACAUCCUCUGUGCUCAGCAGCUCCGACUACAACACUGAUGAUAAACUGACGCCAGGACUGGUCAGCAUUUCUAUUUCAAAAACGCCCACAAGAGAUGCGUUGAAGCAAGGAAAGUCAAAGCUGGGAAUAGGAAAUGUCACCGAGGGUUAUUUUGGUUGUAAACGGGAGAGUACAAAAGAGUGCAGUAAUAAGGAUUUAAAAACUAUAAGUCAAGCAGCGGUCGAGCUGCCUGUCGCUCCUUUGUUUCCUUAUGGCUCUAAUCCUCUACCUCUGAGGAAGGCCAGUGCUGACAAUUCUUACAAAAAUUCUCAAAAGUUGUGGACGUAUUGUGACCGCGAGAGAUGUGUGGAAAAUUUGGGUGUUGAUGACCCAGAGAACAGACUGAGCACUGACUUCUCAGACACAAGUAGUAUUUGCAAAGACCCAGAUAAAACUUUGACGAAUGAUAAUACUGUCCAGGAUUCUGUUGAUAUAGACAGCAGUAAUGGUGCUAGCAACUCAGAAAACAGCAGCAGAGGGUCUAAACAGAAAUCAGACGAACGUCCUCAUCUCCCUGAUUUGUCAUCGGCAACUUGGUACCAAGCCCAGUGCUUUGAUCGCUACUGGAGCAACUACCGAUUUGUGAUGGACUGGUAUCAGCUCCAUUUGAAGACUGUCCAGAAACUGUCCGGGUUUAAGAUGGGAGUGGGUGCAGCUGCUAAUGUUUCCCAUCAGGGCAGGAGGCAACAGAGCAGCAAUCGUGCCCGCAAGGCAAGACGAUCCAGGAGGGCAAGGAAUCGUCGGCUGGCUAAGGAACGACAGAGGGUUGGGAGUGCCGACAAUGUAGCAUCACAUGGGGACAACAGCCGCACGGAGACAGCUGUUUCUGGAUCAUCGCGGCCCAGUGAUGAAGAAAUGAAGAUGGAGAUCACAGAUGAAAUGGUCGAGUUCUUCACAACAUCCUACAAGCACAAGAUGGAAAGAGAUACAAAAAAGAAAAUGGAGGGAAAGAGCGAAGAAGAGGACGCACACGUAAACAUAGAUCAAGUUGUCUCCGGCCAGCAAGCCCCCAGCACCAGUGCCCCUGCAGAGCAGCCUGGCCUGAGACGAACGGCUGAGCUCAAGUACCUGUACGGAACAGAUGCACCCAUGAUUCAUGGCAUGGAGACGGCCUUGCAGUUGACUUUUGACCGCGUCUCAGACAAGUGCCAGCCCAAAUUGUGGCCAAACAUGCCAUUGAAAAUUAAUUUUGCGUAAAAAUGCUUUUCAUCGCCUUUUCCUGGCCUUUGAACUUACAAUUCUCUAGCCUGUUGUUAAUACUGAUGACCUGAAAAAAAAAAAGAAAGCAGAUUGAACUACAAAUCAUCUGCUUUUGAUCUUUUUCACGUAUAAUAUUAACGUGUAAAUGUGAUUUCUAUUCCUACAUCUUUGCUGUCAAACAAUAAAUGUCCUAGAGUCCUAGUUAAAGAGCACUGAAAACUUUGUGAAGCAAUCUAGUUAGGUUUGAUGUUCAAGCGGUUGGGUCGAAGGUUUGUAAAUACGUUUACAGCACAAGUGAAUGAUAUAAUGUUAAUGAUGUGAUUCAAUCACUUUUUGAUGAACGUCUAGAACUUAAAAAUCAUGAAAUUUUUGGUUCAGAUGUUCUUUACCUUAAGUUUAAAAAUCAGACUUUAUUAAUAAACCUCUCAUGACCAUAAGAAUGAUAUUUUAGUGAUAACAUAAGAAAGACUAAAUGCUGUGUCUACUGCCUGUGUGUCUGAGAUGGGCAUUUUCGAGAAUUUUUUUUUUAGGGGGGGGGGGGUUUCCAUUUUUUGCUGGAAAGAUCUUUACAGCAUUUGUAUGUGUAGCUGACUGUACUGUCCUUGUUGACCCCAUGAUGUGUGUGUAGCUUUUCACCGUAAAAAAAAAAAUUAAAUUGCAGUGGAAAGUAGUCCACAAUGAUUUGAAAAAUCAGGAUUUGUAUUUUUAGGCAUAGUCCCAUCCUUUCUGUUUUACAUGAAAUGUAUGCAGCAUAAAGGAACCGUGGAAAGGUGAGAAGUGCUUACCCAAAAGAGAAGUUAAUAUUCAGAUUGACUCAGGGAAUGUAGUUAAGACUUCCAAAUCCAAUCAAAGGCUCUUGAUUGCAUCUUGUGUUUGUACCUAGAGGGUCUUGAUGACCUUAUUGGUGUUCUUUUUUCUUUACUUGUGUCUAGUUGAUUGUGUAAUGAAAAUUUUUCAUGCUAAUACCAGUUUAUGAUUGGCUGCAUUAUUACAAUGUACUGGUUUUGUUUGUGGUCUUGCUGGUUUCUGAUCGGUUGUAUGUUGUAAAAUCAGUUUAUCCGCAUAGACCUGAUGUUUGUAACAAAUGGGAGACAUGGAUAUUUAUUGUUCUGAACAACAGCAAACAGCUGUGUGGUGCUUCCAAUUUCCCUGACCCCUUUAUCAGUUGUUUGUCAGUAUUGUCAUUAAUAAAGAAUGUCAACUGCUCAAAGUCAAA